GAAAUGUAACAGGAAGACUUGAAAAUAGUUUCAUGCAAACGGUUGUGCACAUAAUUUCACAGCAAUCAACUGAUGACAGGAAUGGAAAGGAUGUCUCCAUUGCCACUUGCCUCACUCUGCAUCAGUCUAGCAGCCAUAGUGUCACUUUCUAUGACUUUCACCAUUGAUGUCGACAAUACCAAACGCUUCAGGAAGAACACAAAUGAAACAGGAUACUUUGGAUACAGAGCUCUGCAAUAUAUGAAUGGGACGGAGAAAUGGAUUAUUGCCAGUGCACCAAUGUUUCGAAAUGGGACUGGAAGAAUCUACAAGUGUUCUCCAACCAACACAAGCUGUGAACCAUUUCACAUGGAAGAAAUGAACACCACCAAAUCAACUGGAAUAGCUCUGGAUAUCCGCUCCACUUCCCCUACGCGGAUCACCACUUGCAGCCCAAGUUUGUUUCAUGAAUGUGACGGCAACUCAUACCUAAAUGGCAUCUGCUAUCACUCCACUGAUAAUUUCAACUUUGGGGGUAGCUUCAAAACAGCAUAUCAAGAAUGCACUAAGAGGGAAGUGGACCUUGCCUUCCUGUUUGAUGGGUCAGAAAGCCUGAAAGCAGACGAUUUUAAGAAGAACAAAGACUUCAUUGCUGACAUCAUGAAGACACUUUCAAAUACCUCUAUACAGUUUGCAGCAAUGCAGUUUUCGAAGACGUCCCGCACUGUUUUCACCUUUAAAGACUACCAGGAAAAGAAGGCAUUGGAUCUCUUAGAAAAGGAACAACACAUGAAGGACCUCACCAACACAUAUGGUGCAAUGAAAAAUGUUCUAGAAACAAUUUUGAACAGCACAACAGCUGGUGCCAUUCCAGAUGCUACAAAGGUUCUAGUAAUCAUCACAGAUGGAAAUCCAUCUGACAAGGAUUGGAAAAAGGUUGUCAAAGCUAUGGAUGACAGGAAUAUCACCCGUUAUGUUAUUGGGGUUGGGAAUGUCGCCCGGGAGACACUGACAGCCCUGUCAUCACAUCUCCCAAACAAGAAUACUACCUUCCCCAUAAAUGACUACAAUGGACUGAAGGGAAUCUUGGAUAGUCUACAGAAACAGAUCUACAACAUUGAAGGUACUCAGAAUGAACGUGGCAGGGAAUUCAAACAUGAGAUGUCUCAGAGUGGAUUCAGUGCAGUCUACUUGAAGGACACGCUGAUUUUGGGAUCAGUUGGUUCCUACAAUUGGAAAGGGUCCCUAAUUGAAGUUGCUAACGAGUCAGAUUACAAUGAAAUUGUGGAUGAUAAAAUGAAGGAAGACUCAUAUAUGGGGUAUUCUGUGGCAGUUGGAAAGAAAGCUAACAAGUCUCUAUAUUUUUCUGGAGCACCAAGGUUCCAGCAUAUGGGACAAGUUUUGCUUUUCCUCAAAGCCAACGAACAUUGGGAAGUGAAACAGAGGAAAUAUGGGUCACAGAUUGGUGAAUAUUUUGGUGCAGAGUUGUGUGCCGUUGACAUUGACUCAGAUGAUGAAACCGAUUUCAUCCUUGUGGGUGCACCACUGUAUCAUGAAUCACACAGAGAAGGAAGGAUGUUUGUCUACCAACUAACUAGAGAGCUUAUGAUGGAGGAAAAGGCAAGUAUUACAGUGGCAUCUCAGGGCCGAUUUGCUUCUUCCAUCUCCUCACUCGAAGAUUUGAAUGGAGAUGGUCUGAGGGAUGUGGCUGUGGGGGCCCCGCUGGAGGGUGACCAGAAGGGGGCGGUGUAUAUUUAUUUGGGAGACAGGCAGAGGGGCAUACGACUUGAAUAUUGCCAGCGUAUAGCAGCCCAGGAAGUGUCAUCUGGACUGAGGUUCUUUGGACAAUCAAUUGAUGGUAGGAUGGACUUGGGAGAAGAUGGACUGACAGACAUCAUAGUGGGAGCAUAUGAAGAGGUUGUACUAUUUAGGUCCAGGCCCGUUGUCAAUGUCUCUGCCCAACUUUACUUCAGCAAACCGCAAAUCAGUACUGACAGAUUUAUCUGUCAGGAGAAGGAGAACAUCUUAACUGUUGGCGCAUUAGCAGUCUGCUUUGUGGUGAAAAAUGCAUUGAAUAAUGCUACAGGGUCAACAGAUCUAGGGCUGACUGUGUCCUACCAGCUUGACCUAGACAGUGUGAGACAAAAGAGUCGAGCCUUUCUCAAGUCAAGCGACAAAGGGAGCAGGAAAAAUCACUCUUCCCUGCAGCUGAAGCUAGGGCAGACCUGCCUCAACUACUCUCUCUACAUGCCAGACUGUGUGAAAGACACUGUGUCACCCAUGACCAUUAAACUCAACUUUUCCCAAUCUGACAGCCCUCAACACAUUCACAAUACUGUUCUCAACACUGACAGCAAAAAUGUAACUCUGAUUGAGGUUCCAUUCGAAAAGAACUGUAAAGGGAAUGAGACCUGUAUCUCUCAGCUGGAGCUGGACGUUAAUUCCACGACUUCCACUCUGCUAGUGGUUGACCAAGACUAUUUCAAUGUGACAGGGAAGUUGUUCAAUCAUGGGGAUGACUCCUAUAAUACCAGCAUCACCUUCCGCUACCCUCCUGGGCUAUCCUUUUCCAAGAUGGAAGUUGAAGAGGCCACCAGGAGGACACUCAUCAGCUGUUCUGGCCUGGAAGGCCAAAAUGACACUUUCUGCACUGUGAGCCUUCCUGUCUACCCCAGCAAAGCAUAUGCACUUUUUUGCAGUUCAUUCCUGAUAUCUGAUCGGUUUAACUGGAGUGACUCAAUGGAGAUCGUCAUCGUAGCCCAAAGUGCCAAUGGGAACUCCACUGUCAGAAAAAUCUCUCUCCCAGUGCAGUUUGCUGUUGAUCUUGCUGUCAAAGGCCAAGAUGAAGCCUCUGUCACAUACUUAAAUUUCUCGCUGGAGGACACAGAGCCCAAAACAUUGAAGCAUGUAUUUGAGGUGAAGAAUCUGGGCUUCAAAUCCUUGCCUGUGACAGUCAACUUCAUCUUUCCCACACAACUUGAAUAUAACUUUAUCAUGGAAAACAUUAUAACAUCUGUUUCAGAGAACCUAACAAGGUGUGGAAACAUUUCUGAUCAAAAAACACAGGACUGCUCCAAAGAACACUGCAAGAUAAUUGAAUGUAAUAAAUUUCCAUUGAGACAACGUUCAUCUGUUCUUUUCAAUCUGUCUUGGAGGGUAUCUUUCGUCAAUAAGACACUUAUUCCCAGAAAACCUUUUUCUUUUGAAAGUUUGGAAGUGCAAUUCUCAAGCUGGGUAAAUCUCAGCUAUGACAAAAAUCGAUAUGUUCAAACUGUAAGCACCUCCGAGGACCAAGAUCCUACAAAAUUCCACAAAGCAAAGAUUGACUGCCGAGUUGAAUUAAUAAUUCCACCCAACAAAAUUGUGAUCUGUGGGGUUGGAGCUGGAGGAGGAUUUUUAGUGCUGGUCAUCAUUUUUGCGAUCCUGUGGAGGCUUGGGUUCUUCAAGAGAAAGAGGCCUCCUUCACUUUCAGCAAAUGAUGAAAUGAAUGCAGACUCCAUGGUGCUAUUCAAUAGUGAAGAUGAAAAAGAAAAUCAAAAGAAGGAUGCCUCAGAAGAAGAUCCAUCCUGUGAUACUAAGGCAGAUUACUCAGCCAUUUAAUAAUUUAGUCAAUAGGAAAGGCAAAGAGAGGGAAAAGUAUCAAUAAUGCCUUUUUAUGUCAAUUUGUUUUGUUUUUUUACUGGAAAGUGCAAAUAAUUACCAACAUUUGUUGAAACUUACGCAUUCUUUAUUGUACAUCCUUAGAUGUUUAUUACACAAGCAGAAUUGCAGUUGCAAGAAUAUGUUAUAACAAUGCUAAUUUCAUUAGUUUGCUUGUUAAAGGUGCAGUGUGUAGAAUUUAGUGGCAUCUAGUGGAACGGACUUGGCAGAAAUGGAAUAUAAUAUUCAUAAAUACGUUUUAAUUAGUGUAUAAUCCCAUGAAAAUAAGAAUUGUUGUGUUUUUGUUACCUUAGAAUGAGCCCUUUAUAUUUACAUAGGGAGCGGGUCCUCUUCCACAGAGGCCGCCAUGUUGCACCACCAUGUUUCUACAGUAGCCCAGAACGGACAAACCGCUCUAGGGAGGGCAUAUCGUGUUUUUUUCCCCCGCAUUUUUAAUUUUAGUGGGUGGCUCGAAUGCACCGGUUGGAAGACGAAGAAGAAGAAAGAAGAGACUGAGUGGUCAUAUAUUGUCUUGGACAAUCCGUUUGUGAAAUAUACGCGCAUUUGUGAUGCCUGGGUACGCCUACCUUCCAAAAUAGCUGUGCGUAAUACCACACGUGUUGUUUACGGCGUUGUCGUCCUUUUUAGUACAGCCUGGCUUGAGUGACAAUCCAUUUAUUCAGUAGGUGAGAGUAUAAGCUUUCUAACGAUGUAUAAUGUCUAAUUUUGCUUUUGGAAUAGUGUUUUAUUGUUCAGCGUUAUCGAAAGUUGGCAUUCACUCUGUGGUAGCAGUAAAAGACGCUCCACCUAACGAAACGUUGUCAACCAUUUUUCGUAAUUUCUUUGAAAAUACAAUUAUUAUUGAGGACUUCUGGGCAUAGCUAAGCCAUAUGUUUGCUGAUAGACCCAUCUGACAUCGUUUUCUGGAGCAAAACAGAAGCGGAUAGAAAUAUAUCAUUGAUUUACUGUCUCUAUCUAUUGAAAACAGAUAAGAUUUUAUCAUUGCUAUGUAAGUAUUACUGCUCAAAAUAUUUUGGUUAUAUACGUUAUUUUUGAAAUUGAGUGUCUUUAAAUAGGUUAGUGGUAUUUUAUAAUGAGGAUAUUUCACACUGUAAUGUAAGCGUUAGUUAGUAGUGUAGCCUAAUAGUUUUUGUGACGCAUCAUGCCUUUCUAUGAUUUACCAUGCAAAGCAGCUAACGUUAGAAAUAAAACGCCACCACAAUGCGGAACAAUUAACAGUCAUAAUCGCUAUCUUACUUGUAAGCUAUGACCUAUAGUAUUACAGGCUAAAUAACUAAAUACAAUUUAUAAAUCUAUCAAGGAACCUCAUCACUUGACACUUGACUACUCGAUGCUGUUGUAGACGAUGACAUCAUUUUUGGAACUUACAGGCCACCGUAGGUUCUCCUAUGUCGUUGGAAAGGGAGUGGUGAGGGGAGGUGGGGUAUUCAGUUGGUUGCAAUCUGCAACCUGUACCUUUAAGCCAGUGUAUUAAUAAAUCAUUAAUUAAUCAUUAAUAAUGUAUGCCUUUGUAUCUUUGAGGAUAUAUCCUGAGCCCUCUCUUACUGCAAUGAUAUUCUGUGAACUGUGUUACUUUCUAAAAUGCCCUCACAUGAUAAUAAAAGCUUUUCUGUCUUUA